UACUCAAGCCAAAGCAACAUGUCAGACUCUGUCGUUCGGAUCACCCACCAGUCGUAUGGCAGCCGCAUUGCUGGCUCUUGCAAAGCGCUCUGCUUUGUUCCCAUCUUUCUGAUUGCUGGGAUUUUGGUUCUUUCAUGGAACGAGGGGAACCUGGUCACUCAGCGCAAGGCGCUCGACGAGGGUCUCAAGUCUGUCGUUGACAUUCCCAGCACGGAAUCCGUCAACGCAGAAAAUGAAGGAAGUCUGAUUCAUUUUGUCGGCACGGCCAAACCCGACUCUCAAGUCACCGACCCCAUUUUUGGGGUGGCGCCUCCCAAUGCAUUGCUCCUCAAACGAACCGUCGAAAUGUAUCAGUGGACCGAAUCGUCGCAUUCCGAAACGCGCAAGAACACCGGAGGUUCUACCGACACCGUCACAACCUAUUCUUACUCGAAAGAAUGGAAAGAUCGCGCUGUCGACUCUGGAUCCUUUGAAGAAUCUUCCGGCCAUCAGAAUCCUUCUGGCGGAAUGUUGUUUCCUUCGGAUACCAUGGCCGCCAACCCGAUUCAUGUGGGAGCAUUUGAAUUAUCCAGCGCCGUGGUUCAAAAGAUGUACUGGUAUCAACCACUCCAAUCGGGCAUCUCGGUCGACACCAUUCAAGAUAAUUCCACGCGAAACCAAGCCACAGUGUUUGGGAGCCGCUUCUACUUUGGAGACGGCAGCAGCGGGUCCCCCCAGAUUGGAGACACACGAGUGUCCUUUGAGCAAGUUCCAUCACAAACCAUUAGCGUCGUGGCAAAGCAGAUCGGAGAGAGCCUUUCUUCCUACACGGCCAAGUCGGGUGGUUCUGUCUUGCUGGUGGAAGCCGGUCCUCAUGACGCGGUCGAAAUGUUCAAGCACGCCAAUGAAGCCUUGACUAUUCAGACAUGGCUCAUUCGGUUGGGCGGUUUCCUCCUCAUCUAUUUUGCCUUUGAAAUUGCUAUGAAACCUCUGUCCGUCUUUGCCGACGUUUUGCCGUUUCUGGGGGAUUUGGUCGAAGCGGGCACCAGCGUCAUUUCCCUGUUGCUGGCAGCUGUGUUGUCCACUGUGGUCGUAGCCAUUAGCUGGCUGUAUUACCGACCCGUCUUAUCCUUAUUCUUGUUUGGUGUGGUGGGUGGGCUGCUCUUUGUCGCCAAGAAAAAGUUGGCGGAAAAGAAGGGCAUGCAUGCCAUACCCGUCGUGGAGGCAGAAGCCAUCGAAAUGCCUGAUGCACCCUACAAAGACAGCAUACCCAGUAUCCCCAUUAGUUCGAUGGUUUAGCCAGCGCCUCCAUUGAUAGGGCAGUCCUCUCCUUCUUCCGACUUCCCCCAAAAAGGACGUCCAAUCACCACGCGUGAGGACAAAACAUAGAACCAUCACAUUCGUUGAAGCUCCAAAUAUUGCUAAUUUUCCUAUCCUUUAGAAAUUCCAAAUUUUCUCCCAUUGC